UGAUUGUCUCAAGAGUUGGCAGAAUACGAUGAAUCAGCGAUGAACGGGAACCAAACUGACGCAGUUGAUUCUCUUUCUCUAAAACAACGCAUUAAUGAUGUCUUCAAAUCCUAAUAACACAACUAUAGAAGUUGGAAAUGUUUUUUCAAUUUUAACUUGCUACAAGAACUUCAAGCAAAGUGCUGCCGUACUUUUGGCUUACGUGGCUAGUUUAGCUGUGGCUGAUCUGUUAUUCACACUUCUCACUCCUGUGGACCUUGCUGUGUUUUUAGCCGGUUAUUGGGUGUCCGGUGGCUUCAUAUGUCGUGCUCAGAGUUUUCUAAUCGAGACAAGCUACACUGCCUCAGUACUCACUCUGACUGCUAUCAGCCAUGAAAGACUCAAAGCAGUGUCAACGCCAUUGCUUGCUCGGUCACAGAGAAUAUUUCAAAGAAAACUAAUUCCCAUUUUCAUUUGGAUCAUUUCCAUCCUUGCGUGUGCUCCUCUGAUUUACGCUUACAUCAUCGUCAAAGAUAAGAGUGGACUCGAUCAAUGUUUAAACAUUGCUUGGGGCGAUAAAGGCAGGCAGAUUUACUACUCUGUACAGGGAAUCUUAUUGUUUGUAUUUCCACUGGGGUACAUGGUGUAUGCGCACUUCAAGAUCUUCAGAAUUCUUAAAAAACACUCAAUAACAAGAGAACGUUUGUCCUCAAGAAGAACCGAAACAAAGAGUCAGCAAAGGGUUGGUAAAAUGCUGCUGGUCGUGACCUGCAUCUUUGUAGCCUGCUAUUUCCCUUUUGUCAUCAUUCGCUCAUUAAAAUAUUUCUAUGUUCUCAACCAUAACAUGAUUUGGCGACUCGUGCAACUAAUGAUAUUCACGCAAGCAGCGGUUAACCCCAUCAUCUAUUGUUUCUACAAUAAACAGUUCCGGGUGGUGUUCAAGGACCUAUUGCGAUGUAAAUGGAGCACAAUCCAUCACAGACCUGAAACGUCUCAAACUGGAAAAGCAAGAUCUUCAUCUCAGCUGAUCUCCCCGGUUGGAACAUCAAUAAAACUCGAUUCAAUUCCAGGCAGCACCGUGCAGAGUAACGCUAGCACACCAGUGAUGAAAAUAAAAGAAAACAAGUCAGCAGUUGGCGUGACGAAAUAAAAACAAUGUGAAUUACUUAAAAUAGUAAAAGAUAUUAUCAUUAGAUUACAAAGGAAUAGAUUGAUACCAUGAAAUAGUUUAUUGAAUACUGUAUAUUUAUUUAGAUAUUUAGACUAGAAUUGCAGAUGUACAAAUUUGUUAGACUGUUGAGCUUCCAUGCAGAUUGAUUGAGAAGCUCCUGAAGAGUCAUUUUAUGGAUACAGAUUCUCUAUAGAGAUGAAGAAAUGGGACUCGCAGAUAUUUCAGUUAGGCCACACAAACAAACCAAACUCAUGGUAUUCAAAUUUAUAGACUUUAUAGUUGAGACUAAUAUUGAAUUCUAGUUUUGAUAUUACUUUUUUUUUGGUACAAAAUUUAGUUGAUGAUGGGAAUAGGACUUCACAGGCGGAACCGGAACCAAUCAGUUAUACGAAGGACACUCCGAUUUACAAGUAGGGAUUUCAAAUAGGCCAUCAGAAUCACGCUAGUUAACGUUUAUCUGUAUAAUAUAAGAGCACGUGCAAGUUAGCACGUUUGAAUAAAAAAAUCAGAGUCAAAACAUA